GCGUAGGAGAUCCUCUAAAGCUGCAGGACUAAAAAAAGCUGCACACACACACACAGAGUUUUACUGUACUUUUAUGAAUGAGCUAUGAUGUUCCUGGAUUUACCCUAUUGACCUUCAAUGCAGACUAUUGGCAGGAUGAGUGAGGGUCCGGCGGUCAGCCCCUCCGCUGCCAUUACUCCAGUGCAGCAGAUGCUGGCGUCUGGCACUGGAGCAUUACUCACUUCCAUCUUUGUAACGCCGCUGGACGUGGUGAAGAUCAGACUGCAGGCCCAGCAGAGUCCAUUCUACCACGCUUUACCAGCUGAAUCUCGGUCAUGGAGGGGAAUGGUGCGUCCCUCAAAGUGGAAGUGCUUUUUGUACUGUAACGGACUGAUGGACCACAUAUAUGUGUGCCAGAACAUGACCACCUGCAGUACCUGGUACAAAACACCCACUCACUUCAGUGGAACCAUGGAUGCAUUUGUGAAAAUCACACGGCAUGAGGGUCUGCGGUCACUGUGGAGCGGCCUUCCUCCAACACUGGUCAUGGCUGUUCCUGCCACGGUCAUCUACUUCACCUGCUAUGACCAGCUGAGGGACUUCCUGCGUUUUCGCAUGGGUUACCAGGGCAACCACAUCCCCCUUAUAGCGGGAGGGCUGGCUAGACUUGGAGCCGUGACGGUGAUCAGUCCGUUGGAGCUUGUGCGCACUAAGAUGCAGUCUCGACAGCUAACCUACAGUGAGCUGCGAGUGUGUAUCCGCUCAGCAGUGGCUCAGAACGGCUGGCUCUCCUUGUGGAGGGGCUGGGGACCCACUGUCCUGCGAGACGUCCCGUUCUCUGCCCUGUACUGGUUUAACUAUGAGCUGGUAAAGGCAGAGCUGUGUGACCAAUAUAGAAGACCUCAGGCUUCUUUCGCCAUUAGCUUCACUGCAGGAGCUAUAUCUGGAGCUAUAGCGGCGAUACUGACCCUGCCGUUUGACGUGGUGAAGACCCGCAGGCAGAUUCAGCUAGGAGAGAUGGAGAGUCUCGGGGCCUCUAUGAAGAAGCCCUCCUCUACCUUGCAUAUAAUGAAGAGUAUCUGGAGUGAAAUGGGGUAUCGGGGGCUGUUUGCUGGCUUCCUUCCACGUGUGAUCAAAGUGGCCCCGGCGUGCGCAGUCAUGAUCAGCACGUACGAGUUUGGAAAGGCUUUCUUCCAGCAGCAUAAUGAGGAGCUGAAGCAGAGAGCAGUCUGAGGAGGAUUUGGCUGCUGGUUUCAGCCUCUAUUUUCACUCCCAGCCUAGCAUGGAGAAACCACUGGACAUAAAGACUAAACAGAGAUAACCAGCCUUUAGCUCAUUAGCUCAGCCUGUGCUGUGGCCCUUCUCAGAGCUAAAGAUAAAGCUAGGUAAAGCUGGAUGUGCUGAGCACAGCAUGACCACGGAACUGUGGGACUUUUAACACUGUUCUUCUUAUGAAGCUGUGGAUCUCAGUUAGGACUGCAUGAUGCGGAUGAGGCUCUUCUAGCAUAGUGAUUAUGUUGCUUCAUAUUGCAAUGCAGAAAUGUAACAUGGUUGAAAUGCCUGGUCUGUGUUAUUUUUUUGGAAGAUGAUUGGUCUGCGUAGAGGGCUCGUUUAAAACCUUUCUGCCGUUCUCAUUCUAGUAAAGGCCAGUUUGAACGUGAGAGAUGUCAUGCAGCCCUAUAUUAUAGUCAUACCCUGCAAUGUGAAACAGUAGCAUGACGCUACAUCACCGUAUGUUAAAAUGGCACCAAAGCAUGCUGGCAGAUCCCCUACCUCUGAGAGAGACAUCAGUGAAUGAAUCUUUCUCAGGGAAUGAUUUAUUUGUGCCCUUUUGUCAGGAUAAAAUGACUUCCAACAGCAUGGUCAAGCUCUGCUAUUGUAAGAGAGCAUUUCUGUGUAGAGCGGCGCCAUCUGCUGCUUAUUCCAUUGAACUACAAGACAAACAUUUGUGUCUGUGCUGAAGAAAAUGGCUAAAUACAGAAGAAGUGUAGUCUAAAUAUCAUUUAGUUUUUCCUUAUUUUCCCUUCCAUUGAUAAAUAAAAAAGGAUGAUAAAUUAAGGGGAAUUUAUCAGAUUCAAUAUGUACACAUAAUUCAGUGUUGAAGAUGUAAACUGUCAAUCAAGAUUGAGGUUUUGGUGUGAAAUUGUGGUUCACUGUGAAAUGAAGAAACUUAUAUAAAGAAUUUUUUUUUUACAGUGGUGGUGAAUAAGACUAGUUGUCAUCAUGUCUAUUAAACUUAUACAGACGAUAUGGCACUAAAUCAGUCAGGAUAUUUCAGGGUAUUUUUGCGGUAUCGAUAUUUUUGUCAAUAUGACAUAACAGUGACAUUGUUCAAAGUUAAUUCCAAGAAUAUACUACCACAACAUAAACAUUAACAUUUUAGUUUAAAUAUGAGCUGCAUACAUUCAGUAGAAACCAAAACAUCUAUUUCAUCAAAAAUGAUCUAAAAUAUAAAAUAUAAAGAAAAUAAAGUAAUGUUGCAAGCAAAAGCUACCACAAAACUACAGUGUAGCAUAUGUAGUGCAUGUAAACUGCAAACAGUUAAACAAGAAACUACAAUAAAUGGCAAAAAAACAAAAAACGAAUGGACUGCUUUCAAAAAUAUCACAAUGUCAAGUUAUAUGGAAUGUUAAUGGAAUUUUGCUUUGUUUUUUUUAUGCCAGAACUUUUUUUUUUAUAUAUAAUUUUAUAUAAAAAAAAUGUUCCCAUUUUCUCUCCAAUUUACACAGCCAAGUACCCAAACCACUCAUUAGGACUCCUCCCCCCAUCACUAUUAAUAGAGGGAGGGAUCACCAGGAGGUUCAAGACUAGCACAUGCCUCCUCCGAUACAUGUGAAGUCAGACUCCGCUUCUUUUUAAACUGCUGCUGAUGCAGCAUUGCCGAGUAGCAUCGAAGUGCGCUCGGAACGCAGCGACUCGGUUUUGAUACAUCAGCUCACAGAUGCCAUGUGCUGAUUGACAUCACCAUUUGGAUUGCUGUGAGGAGAGAGUGCCAUCUACCCACCCAGAGAGAGCAAGGACAAGUGUGCUCUCUCAGGGCUCUGACAGCUGAUGGCAAGCUGCAUGAAUGGGAUUUAAACCAGCUCCUGAUCAUAGUGGCAGCGCUUUAGCCCUCUGGACUACUUGUGUCAGAACUUUUGCCUGUAUUAUUGCAUAAGAUAUGAUACAGUAUCGCAUACCCCUAAUUCACAACCCACCAGUGGAUUUACACAUGAGUUUAUAUGGAAUAUGGAUGAUGGUAUAAUGGUGUACAGUGGUUAAUGUUGGACAAAAUGGUUUCUUUGGGGACUAUUUUGUCAUACAAUUCCCUGCUUGUAUCCCUCCACCUUGAAUAUAUAACCAUACGUAUAACUACACAACAAGAUGCUUAAACCCUUAGUCAUGGCAAAACUAUAAUAAAACAAUGUCUGAGGCAAAUGCUGUGUAUAAAAAAAAAUAAAAACUCUUGUAAUAACUUACUGUUAGAAAACAAUUUGGGUUCUGAGUUCAGCAGGAGGGCAUGUUCCACACCAAACCCUCUUUAAAUGACUUUGUUCACAUCUUUACUGUUUAAUUAUGUGAAGGUUUUUGGGGAAAAGGGGUGGGAUUUUAUUAGUAAAUAUGUGUCUUUGCUCUUGAUUGGCAGGUUACUGAGUUCAUUUUGAUCUAGACUUGUUUUAUAGUUGCAGUUGCCACAGGACUGAGUAAUAAUUACAGAUAAAGUAAGAAAUGGAAGGUGCUAGAUGCUGGUCUGCUCAGAAGGUUGUGAAAUGUAAUGUCAUUAACCGCUGACCUGAGGAGCACAGAGACACUAUGCUGUUCAAAGCCUUGUUUUCUCGUUUUCUUAUGUUUCCGCUGUAGCAGUGAUAAUGCAUCCCACUCUGUUUUCUGCCUUUUAAAGGUAGAUUAAAUGUUUCAUUGAUGCUGGAGAAUAAAUAUGGAGGAGAUUAACUUAAGUUUAUUAUAAUUUCAUCAUUUCAGUAAAACAGGGUUUGCAUUAAAUGGGAGCUAAAAGAGCUAUGGAAACAUGGCUGAAAUAUUACUUGAGAUUUGUGUUUUACCUGUUUUUAAUAAAGAAGAAUGCCUUAAA